AUGAUUUUACCUCUGAUCCUGCUUGUGGCAUGCAACACCUCCAGCGCAUUUUUAUUUGGAAGUUCGAAAUCGGCAUGCUCCUGUCCAUGUGAGAUAAUUGCUUGUCCAAUUUAUCCAACAUGUCCACCGGUACAGAACUGCCCUGAGCAGAAAUCAGAUUGUUGCCCAACGUGUGAAUGCCAGAAGAAAGAGCGAGUGAAGAGGAACGCUGCUGUAUUGUCCCAUGGAGUUUAUGCAGUAAAUUCCACUGUAGUAUCUCACGGACGUGAACAGUUGUGGACAAGGAAGAAACGCGAUGUUCAUGAUGAGGUUGUCAAGAUUGACGCAAAUUGCAAUAACGAGGAUCUCAGGUCUAUUAUUAUAGAGAACAUUGAUCGCAUUACCUCUUUGUCGAAAAGACGCAUCCAGACAGAAGCAGAGAAACGUCUCGGAGGAAGAUACAACGUGAUCUGUGCUCGGGGUGAUUUUUCCUAUAUCACGAACACAGAGCAGUAUUGCCAGCAAACAGUCGGAGAUGUGACUUGCUAUGCCUUCAAGCAGCUCUCAGACGCAAUCCGUGCAAGACUAGCAUAA